CGCGGGUGCUUCCCCGAGUGGCGGCGAUUGAAAAAUGGAUCAAACUACGCGUCCCCACUCGCCCCCGGUGGCUUCCAGCCCAACAACGUGCGCAAAGCGCAUCCGGGCGGCCAGGCAGUUGGGCUGCAGCGGGAGGAGUGUCACCAUCUGAAGAUGAUUGAGGUGCAGCGCAAGCAGUGCCUGGAGGAGGCCCAGCUGGAGAACGAGACAGCAGGCUGCAGCAAGAUGUGGGACAACCUCACCUGCUGGCCGGCCACCCCUCUGGGCCAGGUGGUCGUCUUGGCCUGUCCCCCCAUUUUUAAAAUCUUCUCUUCCAUUGAAGGCCGCAACGUGAGCCGCAGCUGCACCGAUGAGGGUUGGACAGACCUGGAGCCUGGCACCUACCCCUUUGCCUGUGGCAUGGAAGACAGGCCAUCAGUUUUGGAUGAGCAGCAGACAGUGUUCUACAGUUCUGUGAAGACCGGCUACACCAUCGGCUACAGCCUGUCUCUCGCUGCCCUCCUGGUUGCCACUGCCAUCCUGAGUCUGUUCAGGAAGCUGCGCUGCACGAGGAACUACAUCCACAUGCACCUCUUCAUGUCCUUCAUCCUGAGGGCCAUCGCCGUCUUCAUCAAAGACCUGGCCCUCUUCGACAGCGGGGAGUCAGACCACUGCGAGGGCUCGGUGGGCUGUAAGGCAGCUGUGGUCUUAUUCCAGUACUGUGUCAUGGCCAACUUCUUCUGGUUGCUGGUGGAGGGCCUCUACCUGUACACCCUGCUGGCCGUCUCCUUCUUCUCCGAGCGGAAGUACUUCUGGGGGUACAUACUCAUCGGCUGGGGGGUGCCCAGCACAUUCACCAUGAUCUGGACAAUCGUCAGGAUCUAUUUGGAGAAUUUUGGAUGCUGGGACACCAUCGACUCUCCAUUAUGGUGGAUCAUAAAGGGCCCUAUUCUCACCUCCAUCUUGGUGAACUUCAUCCUGUUCAUUUGCAUCAUCCGAAUCCUUGUUCAGAAACUUCGACCCCCAGAUGUCGGGAAGAGUGACAGCAGCCCGUACUCGAGGCUGGCCAAGUCCACCCUUCUGCUGAUCCCCCUGUUUGGAGUACACUACAUCAUGUUCGCCUUCUUUCCCGACAACUUCAAGGCCGAAGUGAGACUGGCCUUUGAGCUCGUCCUGGGCUCUUUCCAGGGCUUUGUGGUGGCGAUCCUCUACUGCUUUCUCAAUGGGGAGGUUCAGGCAGAGUUGCGGCGGAAGUGGCGGCGCUGGCACUUGCAGGGCGUCCUGGGCUUGGACCCCAAAUACCACCACCCAUUGGGAGGCAGCAAUGGGGUCACGUGCAGCACCCAGGUUUCUAUGCUGACUCGCGUCAGCCCUGGCGCCCGCCGCUCUUCCAGCUUCCAGGCCGAAGUCUCCCUGAUCUGACCCGCAGGAGCCCUGGAAGGCCCCUUCUGCCCGCACCCACCUGCCUUGAGCUGCACUGGGGGGCCACAGGCCUGCCUGGGCAUGGCCAGCCCCAGACCUCUGCUUGGAGGAUACCAGCCCCCAGGUCACUGCCCAGAAGCCCUGAAGACAUUGCUCCUGUGCCGCCUGAGGAGAGCAGGGAGCAAGGAUGAGCGUGUUCUCAGCACGCUGGAGCGCUGGGAGCUCCUGCCCUGGAAGAUGUGGGGUGGAAGCCGGUCAUCAGACACCUUUCCCAAAGGCCAAGAAACCUGCACACUCGCCUGACUCUGCCCCCUGGUAUCUCUCCUGACCCAUCGAAGGAAGGCCAUGACCCCUCUUCCAACAGUGCUUGUGGGAACAGAGUGUGAUCUGAGGGGACAAAGAACUUGCCGCCGCCACCCCAACAGUGCCUGAAAUUGCACCUUCAUUGUCAAGUUUCUUUGGGUUGAACAGUGCCACUGAGGCGGGUGUCUCUCUGAAGACACAGUCACCUCCCCCAGUGUCCUCUUAGCUGCCAGUUCUUUUGGGUAAAUGAGUUUCUCUGCCUCAGGCAGGUGUGGUUGUGAUAUGGAGUUUUGGUUUGGGAAGCAUAGGCGUCUUCAUAGUCUCCACUAAAGAGGAGCAGGAUGGUAUUUGGGGUCCGAGCCCAAGUCCCCAGAAGAAUGAGACAAUGAGGGAGAGAGCGUCAGCCCUCCUCUUCCCCUGACGGCCCACGUCUAUGCCAGCUACUAGAACAGACUCAGAUGUGCGCUUGUGGGCCUCUCAGUCCCCACAUCAGCCCAGCAAGAUGGGAACCACUGUUUCUAUUUCACAAAUCAGGAAACCUAGUUUCACAGACAGCAGGGACCUGGCCUUGUUACACAGGCAGGAUUUGAACUCAGGUCUGAUUGAUGGGAAGGUGAAAGCACAGACACUUCACUGCCUUUUGUACGUUGUCACAAAUGAUCCUCUUGGUUAUAUGAUCACCACUGAUACUGUUAUUACCACUAUCCCCAUCCACCCUCCCUGGAGCGUGGCCGACCAGUCCUCCAGCCCACCAUCAGCUGGGCCUCAGGCUGUGGUCAUAGCAUCCUGUGUCUGCCCUGCACCCCCAUGACCACACAGCUUCCAACCUGCGCCACCACCAGAACUGCAAAUAGGCUUGUGCAACAAUAAAUGCUGGGUUGAAUGAGCUUGGUUUCAUUGGUGCUUGAUGUUCCUGUGUGGCCAAAAAUGGGGAACAGUUUGCAAGUUGGGAUCAUCCUGACCAUUGCAAAGAGGCAUAGUCCAAAUAUCACUGAAGCUGGAUGCUUUCCUACCCACCUUGGGAAACCUGCAUUUCCACGUGAGGAACACGUAAUUCUAAGGGCCCUUGAGUCACAUCUGGUUGAGUGAUAUCUUCUCUCUUCUGAGCAUGAUGGAGUUAUACCAGGUUGUCACCCCCUGAAUCUAGAGAUAGCCAAGAGGAGAUAGCUCUAUUUUUGGAUCAACCAAAAAAAAAAAGCUGACAGAGCUGUCCAAGGUCUCAGAGGUGGUUUAGAGGGACAUCUCAGAGGCCCCAGCCACUCCUGGGGACAAGGAACACACAGGCUCUGAGAUGAUCGUGUUUCCGUUGCCCAGGGUUCAGCCAAGAGGAGACAGAGAGGACAGUGCAAACACCACCCAAACAAGCAAGUGAGCAGAGACAAUUGACCAAUGGAAAGGUUUAGACACAGGGGCAGUAGGGUGAAGAAGAUGACGUCAGUCAUAAGAGAUGUCUCCAAAACCAUUGCCUGAGCUGACCUCUUUGGGUUCAACUUUUUGCAAACUUGCAAGGAGGUUUUCUUGCUGCAGGAGCAGGAGAUGGAUGCCAAACUGGGAAAAAAAGAGGCCAGAAUGGACUAGCAAAGGCUUGGAUCUGCUUGCAUGGGUCCUUCCAGAGCCUAUCUGACUCAGUACCAUUUCAGGACCCAUCACCAAGGACAGCUCUAAUCUAGCACCCUGCAGAGGACCUGAGUCAAGGGUGGUCCUGGGGCAAAAGGUGAACAGGAGCAGGGGCAAUCCUGGGCAAAUACCCUUUAGUCAGUGGUCCAGCAUACCCAGGUGAGGGGACUCUCCAUCCAGAGCCAUGCUCCAGCCAAGCCAUGCCCUGGGCUUGGUCAGCUGUCAGACAGAGAAGGAGGUGGCCCUUGACUCCAGACUUCCCAGGUCUGGCAGAGAAUGCCCCUUCUCCCUUCCCUACCCUGCCCAGGCCAACCGUGCUAGUGGUGCUGGUGGGAUUCCCUGAUAGCCUCAUAUCCCUAGUAUUACAAGGCAUGGAGGAUGAUAGACAGGGAAUAGGCAAUGCUCCUCUCACCAGCUGGGGCAUGGCACUCCCUCUCUCACUGCCCUCGCCCCCCUCCCAACUCAGUGCCUUGCUGAAUUGUACCCAGAGGCCUUGUCCACUGCCAUAUUCCUCAGUAAGGUCCAGAAGACCCAGUGCCAGAUUUUCAGUUCCCAUUCUGCUUCAGACUUUUUCUGGGAUCAUGAGCAGGUCCCUGUCCCUUUCUGGACCUCAUUUUCUCCCCCUGCACAAGAGGGGAGGGUGAUAGGUUGCCUCGUUUAGUCCCUGACUAAAAUAUGGGUGGCUAAUGAGGAAAGGGACUGCCCAGAGUCUUCUACCCACUCUGUCCCCUGGGCUUUGGCAGAGGACAGCAGCUAGAGAGGGGAGCCCCAAGAAGUCUAGAGGUCCAGGUGAUAUGCAGAGCCUAUGCAAAGAACUGAGAGAUGAGCUCAAGCUGGUACAAGAUGGGGAUGGCACAAGGGGAAAUAAACGGGUUGACCAUAGAUCCUAGAAGCAAGGUGUCUGCAGAGGAAAGGGAAGCACCCACUUUCCAUGUCAGGGUCCCCACAGGCUUCCUUGCCUAUGUGAAGUCCACAUGUAGAGCCCUGACUAAGCUGGACCUGACCAUUUAGCACAGAGCCUGAAAUUCUACCACUCAUGAGUCAUGGCUUCAGGGUGAGGAGAGAAGGCUGGGGAGAGAGCAGAGUCACCAGCCAUGAGGGUGGGAAGUGAGUGGAACAAGAGUGAUCCAAGACUUGGACAAGAAAAGGGAGGACAGGGAGGGGCCCUGCCCUGAGGUGGAAAGUCCAGGGUACAUAUCCAGGAAUGGGAAAAGCCAAAGCACUGCCUUGGGAGGGCAGGAGUCACAGGCAGAGAUCCCAGGCUGCCUAUGGGGUGGGGGUAACCACGAGCUGAAUUUCUCCUGCACCCCUUCUUCCCUUCAGCUCCCAGUACCCCCUCCUGCUUUAUGGAGCCAUUGUCAAGCCAGAUCAGCUCAUCUCUAUCGCCACCUGGUGGGCACUUUAGUAAUUAGCCAAAGUUGGCCCCUGAGACCCCCAAACCUGGGGGUAGACCUUCUCUAGCAGACCAGGUGGCACAGAAGUUAGGUCUCUUUCCUAGCUCCCUUUCAGAUCUAGAUAAAAUAUGGAGGAGGUGGUGAGGACCCAGGAUUGGUGAGACCAGGGACACCAGGAAUCAAGGAGAACUGACUGUGCCCUUAGACCCAUGCCUACUCUGGCACCGUGUCCCUGGCCCUGACCCUGCUGUGACCCCAGAUAUAGAGUAAAAAAGGAGGAGAGUGUUUUGGGGAGAUGAUGACUUGGUUUGGGACAUGCUGAGUGAAAUGUCUGAGAAACUUCUGGGAAGAGGCCCCAAGGCUCUGAGAAUCAGGACCUAAAUGACAGGGUCCAGAUGGGGUAGGGAAACCAGGGAAGCCCCAUGGGCUGGGCCAGGGUGGGGUUAGGCAUCUGUUUCAGCCCCUCCAUUCCCUCCACUCACCCAGGGCCUGUUUUAAUGAGCUGCGGCCAUCCCCCACUCCCACCUCCCCCCAUGUGGGAACAGGAACUGCUCUUAUCUCUCCCUGGGGAAGGGGCCAGAGCCACAGCUGGCAGUCAUUAAACACCCUGAUCAGGCCAGGGAUGGCUGAGAUAUUAAUAGCCAGGAGUCAAUGGCCCUGGAGACACAGCCUCCCAGGGAGAGGGAUAGUAGCCUUGGCCAGCUGUGGGAUGAGGAGGACAGAUCGGAAAAGGCCAUCCUGGCAAUGCCCCAGCCCCCAUGCAGGACAAGAUGGGGUAACCAGUGUCCAGAAAAGGAAAGGGACUUGAUUGGGAUCUCCAGCAAGUUAUUGGUAGAAUCUGGCCUUAAACCCAGCUCUCAGAGACUUGCCUGUGUAUGUGAACUGUCACGAAUGAGAUUGGCAAAGUCAAUUAUUUUGCCUCUUUAUUUAAACAAUCUUGAUAUAU